AUGAAUAUUUUUUCCCGAAAUAAUAAGGAUAAGAGGGCGAGUAUCUCAGGACUCUCGUUCAGGAGAAGUUCGAAGCUGUCUCGACGUUCUUCAAUAAUUGGCACACUGUCUUCUGAUGACUCCACUCCUUUUGUCCUCCACCAAGUGAAGAAAACAGAUGAUGCUCUGAAACGUAUGUCCUUUGCCUAUCCACCGUCAAUGCCAUUCUUACCGGCUUCCCCGCCACUAGCGGAAGAACAGGCGCCUACCUGGCAAUCAUCAAAUGUUCUGCAACAAUCAAAGAGUCAAAAACUUUCUGAUGUUCCAGCUGCCCGCUCAAAAAAUAGAAGAAAACCUCCUCCAUCAUCUCCAAGUGACUACAACAAAGCGGUUUUUGACUCAAAUGACUUCCCAUUGGUGGAUGGAGUUACAUCUCUCAGCCGAAAGGACACUAUUCAAAGACGAGCCAGUAUACGAAAUGCUGAUAAACAAAAUAAAUCGCUCCCUAUGGUACCUCCAAGAAUUGAUGAGUUGAAUUCCUCUACGAAUUUUCAACCUGGUAUGACCGGCUAUGAUAUUACUCGCAGUACUUCUAGAUCUUCUCGUACUUCUGGAUCUGGACCACCCCCUAUCCCAAGUUCUAGUCCGUCAAUUCAUGAUGUGGUGAAUACUAAAGGUUAUGCGCCUUCUGCUUAUAGUUAUAAAAGCAAUUUUAGUAGCAAAUCAAGAACUACAGAGAGGAGAUCGCAAAGUUUUGCCGGUGGAUCAAAUCAUUAUAAUGCAGAAAAAUGCUAUAGUAACGGUGCACUAAGAUCCUCCAGCCUCGACAUAACUGCUGAACCAUCUUUCUUCUAUGGAUCUGCUUCCAGUCUUUCUUAUUCCGAUGCCCACCAGGAAUUGUCAGACCCUAUUGCUGAAUACAGAAAACAAGCAUUGAAGCAGCUUUCAUCUGGUUCUGCCAAUGAAUUGGUCACUAACCACCAAGAUAUCCCAAAAAGAAGUGAAAAUAGACUUUCUGAAAUUCAAAAACCUAAUCAACUGUACUCUGAAACGUCGAAUCCGAAACUAACUGAUGGUUUAUCAGUAUAUAACCCUAAUAGCAUUCCCCCAAGAAGUGCAGGGAGGGCAUCAGCUUAUUUACCAUUUAUUAAGAAUGAACAUGAUGAAAUGGAGGAAUUGAAUUAUGCUAACAGGAUUAAAAAUGGAAAUCGGGUGAAGGAAGACGUUAAAAGUCAAUCCGAACAAUUGCUGUCUUAUGGAGUAGGUGAAACUUUUAGGAACUCAAAUGCCAGUGGCUACUCAAAACUUUCCUCAGACAAAAUUGAUGAAUUGAACAAUAUUUAUAAUGCUGAACCUGAAAAUCUUAUGGCUGAAAUUGGAGUUAGCAAUCCAUUCUUACCUAUUCAAAAAUCAAGAAUAGACCCAGAAACCACCAUAACCUGUGGAUCGCCAAUGGAAAAGCAAAAAAACGAAACCCUGACUCUAAACAAGAUGGCAGGAUCAUUAUAUUCCUCAAAAUCUUUACCAGUACAGCAUGAGGUUGGUCUGCACCUUGAAACCAGUACUCACUCGCUGUUUAUUCUUAAAGAUGAUGUUCUCAACUUUGGAGAUGAUUUUAAUGCAUCCGAAAUAAUUGAGGGGGCACAAGCCAUUGAUUCUAAUAAAUUAUCAACUGAUGGAUGCUCUUCCGAAUUACAAUUUAAAAGACAGUUGACGGUUAAAUUGCAAAGAAGCACUACUAUGAAAUUGCAAUCAAUGAUAUCUGAGUUUGAAAAACAUGACGGUCAUCGUCAAGCUGCAAUAGUUGAAAAUGAGAUUAUGAAGAUUGAGUCUCACUUCAACAAGGCUAAGAAGGCUAGAUAUGUUAGAAGACCGCCACCUUCUCAAGACACUGAGUAUCUUGAAAAUGAAGAGUUAGAUGAGGAGCUUAAAAGACUUGCAAUUAUAGAUGAGUAUAUAAAGAAUGCAAAAAACCAGUAUUCAUCUCUCAUGGGCGCAAACUAUGAGGCAGCAGAUGCUGGUAGCGAUAUUUCGUUAAAUAAUCAGUUUGAGAUUAUAGAAGAAGUAAAUGAAAAAAAUGACUCAGCAAAUAAUACUCCAAAGUUGGAUUUAAAUUCUCCGGAAAAAGCAGAACUGCCAAGUGCUAAUCAAACCCCAAAGCUCAAUGAAAACUCAGAAGACUGUGGUUUGGGUAUUGUGCCUCAGGCAGAACAAGAAGUUUCUGACGAUCUAAGAGUUGCAAAAGGAGUGGAUACUCAGUUGAUCAAUAACUUAUCAAUUGAACCAUCUGAAGAGGGCAAUUUUUACGACAAUAGUGCUAACGCUGAUGUCCAAUCUAUUAUUGCUUCCUCUGAAAAAGGGCAUGAGUUAUAUGGUGACAAAAAAAAUAAUGAUAAUGAAUAUAUCCAGGAUUAUUCAUCAGAACAAGAUUUGCCUAUGGUGAAGGAUGAUAUUCCAGCAUCGGAUACAAGAUUCAGCACUGAAAGCGACAUUGCAUCACCGUCCCGGCCUGAAAUUUUAACUGCCAUUACAGGAAGUACCAGCUCUGACUCAUUUAAGGAGGUCUCCAAAACCAAAAAAAGCAAGACAGUUGAUUUUGCUGUGGAUGAUCUGAAUGAAGAACAAGUGAAUGUUUCACCUCAAAAUGAAACUGAAGGCCUGCUGCUGAAUAAUCCACCACUUGAUGAACUCCAGAGAAGUGGCACAAUGAGUUCCUCUAGACUGGCAAUUCUUGGCAGAAAUUUUUCAGUGAGAACAGCAUUCUCUAACUUUUCUGUCAUGUCUCCUGCUGAGACGGUUAUUGGUAGCGUUGAGGAAGAUUAUGAUGAGGAGCAAGCCAAUAACACUGAUAACACCAUUGAUAUUUUAAAUUUCUCAUCUACUUCUUUGAAACCUUUUCAUUUCAAAAGUUGUAAGGAAGUUUGGUCACUUUCUGGAAUUUACAAUUGGAUAAUUAAGUUUGACAAGUGGUUCCCUGGUCAAGUCGUGAGAAAAAAGGAGUGGGUAAAAUCCUUAGAAUUGUUGAUGAAAUAUUAUUAUCCAAAGUUGAACAGUGACUUGUCUGUUGAAUUGAUUUCGAUUGUGCUUACUGAGUUGACUGAUAAUUUCAAUUGUUUGAUGGAAACUGCUGACGAGGUAAACUUCGAUGGGUUUGCAACUGAAAUUGAGGAUUACUGCAUUGUGACUGUUAAAUUAAAAGAUGAGAUACAGUAUGAACCUACCGGUGUUUUGACUGCACUCCUUGGCUGUUACUCCACCAAUUAUUCGACUCAUUUGCAGGAUACUAUUAGCUCAUGUUAUUCUAUUCACUGUCCUCACGAAAAUAAGAAGCUAGUGAUUAUCCCUGCCCCAGAAGUGGAAGAUCCAAAUAAAUUGAAGAGCAAUUGGAUGUUGCAAUGGGGUGUUGAGCAGGGUGAAAUAAACACUAUCGACAAGCAAGAAUUUGAGAUGCAGAAUAGAAUUUAUGAUUUGAUCCGUAAACAAUAUGAUUUUUUGAAUGAAGCAGAAUAUUUGGUUGAUAGAAUCGGGAAAUCAUUCUUAGCAAAUCCAGAUGCCGUUGUUUAUGCGUAUCCAGAUUCUAAGGAGCACAUUCAUUAUCAAAUUUUUGCUACUGUGCAACCAUUAAUUGACGCCCACAGAAAGUAUUUAUUUGAACCAAUGAAAAAAGUUCUUUUUGAGCAAGGAAAAUAUAUUAGGUCAGGUAUUUUUGAGCUCUACAAGGAUUGGACCAGAGGCUGUUUUGGCUCAUACGUUGAAUAUAUUGAUAAUUUAGCAGAAACACUUUUGUUUAUGGAUUUUGAAAAAGAUUUCAAGAAAAGUUCAGAAUUCUUGGAGUGGUUAGAUACUUUCCCUGCUGAACCUAUUAGUCCAAAAAAAUUCUUGUCUAAUUAUUUCUUUUAUAAUUUGGUGUUAUAUAAGAACUCAUUGAUUGAUAUUAAGAAGAAGAGAUCAAAAGCUGACCCAGAAUAUCAUCAUUUAACUGAAGCCAUUGCCAUCACCACCAUUUUCUGUGAUAAGAUCAAUAAGAGAUUAGGUGCCUCCGAAGUUCAUACUUUGUUUAAACAUUUUAAUUGGAAAAUUGGUCCAAAUAAUUUCAAUAUUGAAUUUAGUCCAAAUAAUAUGACGAUUGUUGCCAAAGAAAAAGUUCUUAAAAAAUCAUCUACUUACGUAGGUAGAUGGCCUAGUACUCAAUAUUAUUUGAUCUUAUUUAACAAUUGUUUAUUCUUGUCAGAAAUUGAUGUGGAAAUGAGAAAAUUCAAGAUUGUUGAAAAGCCAAUGCCAAUCGCACUUAUUCAUUGUGAAAUCCCUAACUCAUCAGAAAUGGAAGAAGAGACCACAUUAUCAGCUUCUAUGGACCCAAAUUCAAAAAAUGCACAAGAUUUGUUAAAAUUUAUGCAUAUGGGUCAGAAGACCAGUUGGACAGUAAAGUUUUUGAAAAUUAAUGCUCUUACAUUAUGGCUCAACUAUAUCAAGACGACUAAAGCUGCGCAUGCCAAAGAAGUAGCCGAUACUUUCCAAUUCAAUGUGGUAGUUUCUGAUAUUACAGGUGGAUUUUCUAAUCAACUGAAUGAACCUAUGAGUCCAACUCUUGGCCAUUCUAAUUCCUUGAAGCGAGACCUAACUUCGCAACCAGCAGCUUUACCGAUUAUUAAGGCUGGCAACAACCAAGUGAAAUAUGCAAUUGCCCCAGCAUCUUUUAAGAAAGCUCAAUGUGCGCUCAUUUUCACAAGCCAAAGCGUGAAGUAUUAUCUAGUUGGUACAUCCAACGGGCUUUUCCUUCGUACAGAUUUUGAUUCUUGGGUGAAAAUUUCUAAACUUGCAAAUAUCCAGCAACUUGAAUAUAUCGAGUCAGCUAAAAUAUUUUUAGUAUUAGCGGACAAAAAAUUCAUGAAAGUCAAUGAAGAGGACUUGUUAGAUGCAUUCCGCAAUACCACAGCUUCACUUGGCACGGUUAAAUUAUCAAACCAAUCUGUUGAGUUCUUUGGUAGUGGUUACAUUAAAGGAAGUUACAUGGUCUUCUAUAUGAAGGUUAAAGUCACCACUUCGGUAACCCCUUAUAGAUCUUUUAAGGUGCUCUCGUUGGAUAAAAAACGUCGUGGAUUCAAACCUAAUUCCAUGUUUGACAAAUUCUUCUCGGCUGUUGAUUGUUAUGAUUGUUCCACAUUCCAAAACUCUGUUGUUUUGAAAACUGAAAAGGGUUUCCAAAUGUUGGACAAAGAGCUCUCGCCAGUGGUGAUUCCAAGAAGUUUGAGUAUGAACCUUCCUUCCAAUUUUCAAUCAAAGGAGGCUGAAUUUUUCAAAAUGAUGGAGCACAGAGUUUCAGUUGAGAAGCCGAUUGCAUCAUUUGAGAUUCGCAAUGGUAAAGAAAUUUUACUAGUUUUCAGCACAUUUGCCGUGUUUUGUAAUGAAAGAGGUUUCUUAUCAAAGAUCAAAUUGUUAGAAUUCAAUGUCAAAUGUUCUGGGGCGUCCUUGAUUAAUGAUGAAACUUUGUUCUUGGUGAGUAAAAAUGCCAUUGAAGUCUUUGAUCUUAAAGAUUCUGACUCAAUCAUGUAUCCUAGAGGAUUCAUCACCGGUAACAAUUUUGAGGUACUCAAUCACGAAAGUGUCAACAAUGGCAGCUUCUUGGUGAUGGCUUCUAAAGAAUCUGACAACACCAAAAUGCUUUUGGAGCUUACAAAGUGUUGA